ACACAACCGGAGAAUUGCUGCUGAACAGCUGACGAAUUGUAGUAGAAUCUACUACUAUGCAUGAAUAGUACUUUUCUCUUUCCUUUUGUUUAUUUUUCGUAGCAGCUGCUUGUUUUGUGUGUAUGUGGUUGUAUGUGUGUGCUAUGCGGGCAGUUAAAUUGUUUAAAUAAUUGUUUGAGGUGUAAACUGCCACUUGUAAGUCUUUUCCUAUAUAAAAUUAUUAGUGAAUAAUGUUUGUAUAUAUAUGAGGGAUGAGUGAGUCUGAUGAUACUGAUAUUUUAUUGCGAAUACCUCCGAAUUACUUUAUGAAAAGUGCUGAAAAAGAAUUGUUAGAACAAGAAAAACUCCUAAGUAAGUUACGCAAAGUGGACAGACGUCGUUCCCUCGGUGCCGAAUUUGAAGUGGAGUUUCAAAAGAUAAGUAUUCUCACAGAUAACAAAUCAAUGGAUGCAGUAAUUAGUGAAAAUCAGCCUCCUCCACCAACUGCGGCAUAUAAAUUUCUUUCACCUAAGAAGAAGACAGAGCUAAAUGAUAUAAAUUCACGCUUACAUGCGCUGGCCGAUGAAGAUGUGAACCGUGUACCACAAUUUGGUUCGGAUAUAUCGUCAAUUUCAACAUCAAGCACAAUACGAACUAACUUUGGAAAAAAGUGUAUGAAAAUAAAAGAUAGUGAAUCAGUUUUUGUACAUUCCACACCAAAAAGUCCUAUAGCUAAUAAUAUCUGCGAUAGAAUGCAAGAAAAUGCGAUGCCUCAAGAUGAUGUAAUAUCCGAAAUUAAUAAUUUUUUUGAGGAUCGUCAAUAUUGCAAUAACUAUGAUCAUUAUAGCGAAGACGUUCAUUUGGAGUCAGAAAUGGUUGUCCGUGAUUCAUUUGGCAAUUAUAAUGAUGAUAUGCAACUUCUAUCAUCACCAAAAUUCCUAGGUUUGGAGCAACUAACAAGACAUGAAAGCACAAAUAGACAAGUUAUCGGUAACAAUCUCAUCAGUUUAAGCGAUAUAUGGGGAAAAAGCGGACAGGGUACAGCAAUUGCUUGUACUCCAAACUUAACUCUUAAAGAAGAACAACUUCGGCGGCAGCACUUAGAAAAAAUAAUACGUGGUCUACAAUCACGAUUACUUGAAUAUCAACAACGUUUAUCAGUAGCGAUUGAAGUGGACCGGUCUAAAGACGCAGCGUUAACUAAUUCACGAAGCGAGUGCAGAAGAUUGGAAUUAGAACUAAAGCAGAUGCAUGAGCUAGAGAAAAAAUGGGAUAAUGACCAUAGCGAAUAUAAUGAAAAACUCAAUUUAUUACAAAAAGAACUAUCACAAGCGGUUGGUUUGGUAACUAAAUUUGAGGAAAAAAAUGAAAAACUGGAAAAGGAAGUUUCAGACAAGUCUAGAAAAUAUAGUGAGUGCAGUAAUACGUACAAACAACAACUGGAAGAGUUAGAAAUUAAGUUACAAGUUUGUCAAAAAUCUGAAGAAAUUGCCACAAAUGAAUUGAACAAGUUUAAGGAUAAAUAUACAAAAGUAGAAUAUCAAAACGAAAAGUUGAAAAUGCGGUGCGACGAAUUCGAGAAGGAUCUGAAAAUGACACGAGAACAGAAAGAAAUUUUACAAGAGUAUCAUAAUAAGCAAAAAAAUCGUGCAGAUUCAAUUGACUCACAAAAAAAGACAUUACAGGAAACAAUAGAUCGUUUAACAGAAAAUGAGACUGCUUUGAAGAGAAAACUUGAACUGCAGCAAAAGACUCUUAAGACUCAUUAUCAGCAGCAACUGGAAAACGUCGUUGGACAAAAGCUAAAGGAGUUUCAAGCACAGCUUGACAAAGCUGAAGAUACACUUAAGGCAGAGGCACGUGAUCGAGAGCGUUUAAUUGCUGAACGGGCUGUGAAACAAUUGGAGCUGAUAAAUGAAAAAAAUGAAUUGGAAUUAAAUUUGUUGCAGGAGAAGAAUAGUGAGGAAGUAUCACUUUAUCGUAUUCAGUUAGCCAAUGCAUCAAAAAAAAUUGAGGAUUUAGAAACAAAAUUAGAUAAUUAUAGAUCAAAACGAGCGGAUAUAGCCGAAAAAUUACAUGGUGUAAUGGAAACUCAGUGGCAGAAAGCAUUGGAGAUAUUAACUUCCCCUAGCUACCACUCGAAAGUAACUCAAACUGAAACUGGUUCAGAAUCUCCAGAAGACAAUGAUAAACAUAACACAGCAAUAAUAGAGAUAAAUAAUACACCAAAGACUAGUAAAUCAAAGAAAAAUAAUUCAAAAGAAAAUAAUUUGAACUUGGUGAGCCAUAAGGAGCAAAUUGCUCCUGUGGACAGGUUGCAAGCAUACAUUGAAUUGUUGUUAAGUAAAUCGCCGAGUGAUUUCGAAAAAUUGGAUGAAAUACUGGCACUUUCUAAGCACAAAUCGUCUGCAAGUAAGUUAAAUAAGUCUUCCAAACGAUUUGGGGCAAUUAAUAAACCACCAUGGAAGGCUUGACGAAAUCUAAUAGAAGCUGUCUUUGCACAUUGCAUGUCAAAAAUAAUAUUUUACAUUUUAUAUUAAUUAGUGUUAAUUGUUUAUGUUGUUGGAGCGAUUUUUUGUUAAUAAAU